UCAACAAAACAAGCCGACGAACUCAGUGAAAAAAUUUACCGGCAGAUGUAAAGACGCGUGUGUUGUUGAACAGAGAUUGUGCAAUGAACAGACUUUGACGCUUAAAACAGUGGAUAUUUUCUGAAAUAUUGGACGUUUGUUUCAAACAUGCCUCACCACAGACAUCACAAGAGUCAGCGGACAAGUGUGAAAGACGAGACAAACAAUAACGAAACCAGCGUGGUAGGUCUAGUAGAAGGCCCCCAUAACGACAACCAGCCGGCUAACCGCGACGUUAGGAAUAACCGGCAUACUGUUGUAGCCUGUUGUAUGCCUUCUGGAUGUCUAUGUUCGGAGGAAAGUAUAGACCCCUCGGACGCUGGAGACGCUGUCAGGGUGGUGUGUAACAAUGAAGCUUGUUCUGAAGGUACGUGGAUGCAUAAAGUAUGUUUUGAUGAUUGGGAAGACGGUGUGUUGGCCUACCUGAAGUCGUGUGGCAGAGCACGUAGCUGGAGCGAAAAGCAACGAUUGCAGAAUUUGUGGACCAAAAAGGGCUAUGAUCUUGCAUUCAAAGCAUGUGACUGUCGUUGCGGGCGUGGGCAUCUGAGGAAAGACUUGGACUAUAUAUCACCCCCUAAGAAUGACAACGCCCGAAAACACAAGAAAAAGACAAAGAAAAAUGACCGUCCAAUGCCCGUGGUGACCAGCGGAAAGAGUGGGUCACAUAACGUCAACCAUAACGUUAAUCAAAACCAAGUCGAGCAUGGAAACCAAAACGUUGCUGGUCAAAACGGGAACCGUAACAACCAUGGACAAAGUAUAGUAGGCAAUACUGUCAACGCCUAUACUAUACGAAACCGAACUACUAGCAGCUCUGAUGACGUCAAGCUUGAUAACGCCAACCGUAACGUCACUGGAAUAUUGAAUCCGCCCAAUAAGAACUCGAUCCUAAACGGAAAGACAAGUGAAAACAACAACACUGGUAGUGCUAACAGCAUCAGUAGACCCAUCAACACCACUGCCAUCGUCCGUCCUAGGACCGACAGUCUCGGGAGCACUGGUAGUUCUUCCGUCAUCUCCACGGGGUCGAACUCGCCGACACCAUCGCCCCCUCGAAACGGUAACGUGCUGAUACGGGCCCCAAAACCUAAGUUCGACACGUGCUCGACCGACUCCACCCAGACGUCGUUCUCCAACAUUUUCCGUCGUCGUCACGAUCUGGCUGCGUUCAACAUGCUUCCACGUCACAAGCAGAACCCGUACCACAUUAAAAUGGAGGAUGAUGGGCCUCCUGGAAAUGACGAAACGCGGAGUUUUGUGCUGAACCAUCUGAGCACAUACAAGGUUUCGUCUCUGAACUGUGUGCUGUGCAUGUGUACCCUUCCAGUGUUUGAUCGUUAUCCAAUGAUCGACGGUACAUUCUUCCUGUCUCCCCAAGCCUACGGCGACGGCGUCGUCCAGGUCAUAUCGGAUGGUCGACUGCAGUUUAUCAACGCCGUAUGCGUUAACUGUCUCGAAGGUGCAAGCAAUGUCCAUUGCACGGCGUGCAAAAGAAAAUGGGAUGGAAGCACGCUGCUGCUCGGCUCUAUGUAUUCCUACGACAUAUUCGCCGCCAUGCCUUGCUGUCAGAAGCGACUUACGUGCAAACAUUGCCGACGCGCCGUCGUCGACAUAAAUAACGGCCUGGCGUUCUACAGUGAGUACAGCCGAAUGAUAGCGUGUCCAUACUGUAAAGCACACGACUACCAUUUCAUACGUCCCAUGCAGGAGACCUUCGCCGUGAAGCCACGCCAUGCGGUCCAACAACAACCUAUAUGGAAUUAAUGCUUAGUAAACUUUAGUCACAAAUAGACUACUACCAUUGUGAGAACUGCACAUCUUUUUACAUGGCAACUUUUUGUAUGUUUCACCUUUUCUUGCAAUAUAUAAACUGUUGUAUUACUCCAACCAACAACCUCACCAUCACAGUAUAUUUUCAUCGUGACGUCAUUUGCGUGUGUGCUACCGGUGUACUUACCAUGAUUUAACGUACAUAAAAAGCGGUGCAAAUUUAGUGUACCAGCUAUGAUGGGAUAUUUUUGGACACAUCAUUUCGGACUUAAUCGUUUGAAAAUCAUCACCAAAAAAUAUUGGUUUGAGGAUUUUAGUCAUUCUUUGUUUCCGAGGUGUUAUUUUGGAUUUUAAUAUUUUGUUUGAAAGUUGGUGUUAAAAUGCAAAAUACGUUAAAUAUCUUUUUACGUUUAUCAUUAACUUUAUUUUCUAUUUUCAUCGCGUGGAUGGAUGGAAUUUUGGCGUGGGAUAUGUUAUUCGUGUUGGUGCAAUUGUAUGUAACUUUGUAAACAUCACUUUCCAAGUGCCUGGAUGACACUACUCAUAUGGAUGUUAUUUUAACAAUACGGCGUAUUUGGUGCACAAGUUUGUAUACACGUGUUAAGUGUCGGCUGUAUAGGCUGUCGAGGGUCCAAUAGGCUGUUUUAAAAGCAUUUUGUUUUGGAGAUCUAGAGUUACGGAUUAGUAACAAGCUAAAUACGUACAAUACUUUCGAUUAAAUGCAGAUAUUUUCAUCAAUGACAUCAAACUGGUAAAUUGGUGAUAAAGUAAAUUUUUUUAAUAUGAUUUCUGUAGUUGUAGGGAUCGGAAUCGUAUAACCACUUCUCCCCUCCCAGGAGCCCCAAGACGGACUAUUGAAGUUAGUGCAUAGGGAAAAAAAGAUAGCAUAUGUUGUCUGGCGGCUCGUAUCGUUUUGCUGUUUGUUCUAGGAUCGUUCUUGUAACUAAUAGCUUACAUUCAUAUCGGUAGAGAUGAUUCACGGUCUAAAGCUUCGAAAAACGCAAACAAAAUGUUAAAAAAAUGUCGUUCAUUAUUUGCUAAAUAUUUGUUCUAUCGUAGAAAUAAACAAGAUUGUUUUGUAGUUAGCGUUUACCUAGUCGUCCACUUACAGUAAAUCAUGCUAGACACUUUGAAGAAAAAUUCAGUAUUUGAUUAUAGGGCAAAUAAGGCAACGCAUUGCGUUUGUUUGAAGUAUAAUAACUUGCUGUAUAUAUAAUAUACUCAUAUGUCGUCAAUUGUUAGGUCGCUUGUUUGCCGAUGUCUGAAAGACGUAACGGUUACAAAACUACUGAAAAAAACUGAGGAAAAAUGGCAUUACCCGUCUGUUUAUUUUUUGAAAUAAAAAGUAUUUACAAUGAAA